GUUUUUACCUGUCAAACUGACACACUAAGAAAAAUAAAUAAAAAAGUUAGAACGCCCGUGUGUGAGUGCCUUUAUAGUUUAUGAAAAGUGGUGUUUUGAAUUUGGAAAAUUAGGUGUGAUUUUUAUAGUGAUGUGGUGAAAAUGUGGUUUAUUUGGUGAAUUUGUGCACAGAUUGCGAUUUAUUUAAUCGAGAAUGUCAAGCUAUGGCAGUAUAUCUCCCUCGGACGAGGGGUUCGACCGAUAUGAGCCCCCCUUCUAUUGCCCACCUAGUCAUCAAGGAAGCCCCAUGGACGGCGGAGUGUACUGGCCGGGGGUCGAACCCGAGUUCGACGCGAGAGACGUCUACCACGACAACCAACACUACAUCUCUAGGAGCUACGGUUACGAGGAUGUAAACAUAUCGAACGACCCGUACGAUGGGUUCCAGAAUAUACAUCAAAACUACAUGCAGAAUAACACAGGUGUGGACUGCGAACUCCAACUACCCCGCUACCCGCGCCCUGCGGCGCCGUCCUUCGUGCGCGUGGUCAAACGGCGCAGCACAGCCAACAAGAAGGAGCGCCGGCGCACGCAGAGCAUCAACACUGCCUUCACGGACCUGCGGGAGUGCAUACCCAACGUACCGCCCGACACCAAGCUCUCCAAGACGGCAGUGCGGUCGGCGGGCGUGAACGCUGCGUUCUCGCUGCUGCGUGCGCGCAUCCCUCGCGUCGCACCCGACACUAAACUGUCCAAGAUCAAAACGCUCCGGCUAGCCACCUCCUAUAUCUCCUACCUCCUCAAGGUCUUGGAGACGGAUGGAGAACCAGCUGGAGGCUUCAGAGCAGAACUGCACCACGCCCCGCCACGCCGAAGAGCUGAUACACAGACAGCAGAGAAGAGAGGGAACGGGCGAACGGGCUGGCCGCAGCACGUAUGGGCGCUGGAGCUUAAAACAGAACAGAACCUGAAGACCUAGAACCUGGGACUAAAUCUAUACCCCGGAUUGUUAUCUCAAUGGCGACACGAUAUAGUUUGCGGAGGGUUUAGUGCCGUUUCGUAACUAAAAAUUGGUAACCAGCUUCGAAACGGGAAAAAAUCCCAAUUCGUAACUGGCUUCAAAUUGGGACUUUCCCAUUACCAAUUUGUAACCACGUUUGGUAACCGACUUCAAAACGGGAAAAAGAAUCUCGUGUUGUAUUGUAACUGGUUACAAAAUGAGACUACUUAAAUCAUUACCGAUUCGUAGGCAUGGUUGGUAACCAGCUUCCAAACGGGAAAAAUUAUUCCGUAAAAAUAGGAUUUUUUGCCAUCAUGAAUACAUUAUUCGAAUAAUGUUGACAUUAAGUUAGGGUACCGUAGUCAACUAGGUAGCUAGCUAGGUAGUUUCGCUCUGUCCGUAUGUACACCGCACCGCACCGUCCUAGCUUCGAUUUGGUACUCCGAUCAGUAACUCGGGCCCAUUACGUAACAGGGAAUAUUGUAUUCCCGUUCUGUAGCCAGUUACAAAACUUUGUUACCAAACGGUACCACGGUGGCCCAAUACGUAACCGGCUACAGACCGGGAAUCUUAAUAAUUGAUUCCCAAUUUGUAGCCAGUUACAAAACUUAGUUACCAAACGGCACUACUCUGGCCCAAAACGUAACCGGCUACAAAAUGGGAAGAUUCCCGAUUUAUAGCCGGUUACGAAAUUUUGGCUACCAGACGGUACUAAAGGUUGGGGACUAAAUAGAACGAUGGAGCAAAAUGAUACAUAUAGAUAGUCAACCAAAUUUUGACACUAAAAAAGGCGGCAAAUUUGAAAAAUGUAGGGCUCACUGGCCAAUAGUCUUCAUAAAACGCGUGCCUUCCUAAACCUUGACGUUUGCGGAAUCAUCGACGAGCCGUGACAUUUGAAAAUUGAUUGGAAAUGUCGGGGCGAAGAUUUUUUUUUAAGUACUUAUGUACUUUUAGGUUUAGUUUAUUGACGAUGCAUGUUGCGGAUUUUCCAUUGUUUUACUUUUUGACGAAGCUUGUAGCUAAUAGCGGAGUUUGUAUUCAGCUGACGAAGCCUGCGUUGCGGAUUUAGGAAUGGUCUCUGAAUAAAUACUUUCUUUUAUGAUUUCCAUAGAAGAUUUGAAUUUCGCGCAAUUUUUUAGUGCCAAGAUUUCGUUGACUGCCUAUAUGUAAAAUGCAUAAUAUACUUACUCGUAUUUAAAACGUAGUAGGUACCUACUUGUUAUUUUUAAGAUCAUAAAAUAAGUAAAUUGAUAUAAAUGUUAAAUUAAAUAUUACAUGUAAUUACAUAAUAUAAAUAGUUGAGUUUAAAAUUAACUAUUUUUAAGUUUUUCCGGUUGCCUCGAUGUAAAUGUACCUACCAAAGAAUCUCGCAAUGAUGUGCCAAAGAGUAAAAUAAAGUAUUGCUUAAGUAAC